CAAAAAGUUCCCCUCCCCCACGAGAGGCCUCUCUGUUCCUCAUCUGAUCAGCUGACUUGAAUGUGAUGCUGCUGGAAAGACCUCUAGGAUUAGGAUUUGAUUGGCAAUUAUGAAUAUUAAACCAUAGGAAUUGAUUAGUGUUCGAGUAGUUUUGUCAUUAGAUCUCAGCACCCAUCUCUGUGCAUUUCGUUUUGAGCCUGUAGUCAUCAGUGUAUAGCUGUAACCAUGACAGAGUUCUGGUUGAUCUCAGCUCCUGGAGAGAAGACCUGCCAGCAGACAUGGGACCAGAUGAUGGUGGCCACCACGCGCAACAACAACCUGUCCACCAACAACAAGUUCAACAUCCCAGACCUCAAGGUGGGGACGCUAGAUGUGUUAGUUGGGCUGUCAGAUGACCUGGCCAAACUGGACUCCUUUAUUGAAGGUGUGGUGAAGAAGGUGUCUCAGUACAUGGCUGAUGUGUUAGAGGACAGCCGAGACAAAGUCCAGGAGAACCUGCUGGCCAACGGAGUGGAUCUGGUGACCUACAUCACACGGUUUCAGUGGGACAUGGCCAAGUACCCCAUCAAGCAGUCACUGAAGAACAUCUCUGAUAUCAUAUCCAAGCAAGUAAGCCAGAUUGACAACGACCUGAAGGCCAGAGCCUCUGCCUACAACAACCUGAAAGGGAACCUGCAGAAUCUGGAGAGGAAGAACGCGGGGAGCCUGCUGACCAGGAGUCUGGCUGACAUUGUCAAGAAGGAGGAUUUUGUGAUUGACUCUGAGUAUCUGAUCACUAUGCUGGUGGUUGUACCAAAGACGAGUUAUGCUGACUGGCAGAAGACCUAUGAAACGUUGUCUGAAAUGGUUGUACCCCGAUCCACUAACCUGCUGUUUGAGGACCAUGACAGUGGUCUGUUCAGCGUCACCCUAUUCAGGAAGGCCAUUGAUGACUUCAGACACAAGGCCAGAGAGAACAAGUACACAGUCAGGGACUUCCAGUACAACGAGCAGGAGAUGAAUGCGGACAAAGAGGAGAUGACACGUCUCUCCACAGACAAGAAGAAGCAGUUUGGGCCACUGGUGCGAUGGCUGAAAGUGAACUUCAGUGAGGCCUUCAUCGCAUGGAUUCACAUCAAGGCUCUGAGGGUCUUUGUGGAGUCUGUCUUAAGAUAUGGGCUGCCUGUGAACUUCCAGGCCAUGCUGCUCCAGCCCAACAAGAAGAACAUGAAGAAACUGAGGGAGGUUCUCAAUGACCUAUACAAACACCUGGACAGCAGCGCUGCAGCUGUCAUCGAUUCUGCCAUGGAUAUCCCUGGUCUGAACCUGAGCCAGCAGGAGUACUACCCUUAUGUUUACUACAAGAUAGACUGCAACCUGCUGGACUUUAAAUAGAUUUUCACUGUACCUGACCCCUCUGUUCUGUCUUUAUGCUGAGUACCCACUAACUUGUGUUUUCCCGUAAAUCUUGCUCCCAGUCUUGCUAUUUUCUCCGUUCUCUGCUCUGCUAUUUCCUCUCCUCUCUAAUCGUCCUCUCCUUUGCUCUCCUCAUAUCUGGGUGAUGCUGUUUAUCCUUGCUCUCCUCAGAUGUGCAUGCUCAUUCCUUGUGGUUUAAAGCACUUAGUGACCCCCUCCAUCUGUACAAACUGAGGACAAAAAAUGGCUUGAUGUUUAUUUUGUUGGUUUUGUUUACAUAUUUUUUGUAAAACAGCAUAAUCAAAGUACACUGUAUUUAAAGGCCCAGUGCAGUCAAAACAGAUUUUUCUGUGUUUGAUUUUCCUGUGUUUUAUAUAUAUUUCCACACUGAGGUUGGAACGAUAUUGUGGAAUAAGGCCAUUUUAGCCUGUUUUGGUGUGACUGGUGACAAAUUAAUGAAUAAACCAAUAUGAAAGUGUUCCAAACCUCUCUGCCAAUAACAGCUAGUUUUCAGUUUUUCCACCCCCAAUCCAAAACAGUCCUAGUCAUAUUCUUGCUUGAGAAAUUGCUCUUGCUAAAAUGCAAUUUUUUUUGUUACUUUUUGAAAAUUUUAAUUGAAAAACUCACUGUAUUUAAUUGGUACCCAGAAAGGAUUUGAUGUUGCAAUAAACCGGCUGCAUUGGGCCUUUAUGUGCUGAAACAAAUAAGAUCUCUAAAUAUUUAUUUCUGGUAGUUUAUGUAUUUUCAAUCAUUCCACGUCUGUGUUGUGCAUAUUGAUAGCUACAUCUUUGAGUGGCACUAUUCAUAGAUACUUGUGUAUGUGACCAAUGUGUUCAUUUACCUGCACGUCCAAGCAUAUCUGGUACAUGUUCAUGAGGUAUUGGUUCACCUUGGCAACAAAUAGUGUUACAAAGAUGCUAUAUUUGUGUGUAAUCUCAUGUUGUGUAUAUUUGAUGUUAAAAGAGAUAUAUGUAUGUGUACGUACGCAUUAUGUAUGCUAUGAAUAGAUAAAACAGUCAAUAUGAAGAAAAUGGUCUAUUUUGUAUGUGA